AUGAACAGCAGACUCGGACAGGUUUUGCGGCAGGCCGUAAGGGUUCAAACAGGGCUUCGUGGGCCAGCGCGCAGCAUGCGAGGGUACGUGUCGCAGACGCAGACGAAGCAAAACACGGUGGCCGUGGUGGCAGGCGCGGCGGAGCGGUUUGUGGCGCCGGCCGCAGACGCGCACCUCAAGACACUAUCUCAGCGGGAGCUCGUGGCGUUGGGCGUGAUCGGGUGCGUGACGACGAACGCGCGGCUGUUGAAGCUGGUGACGCAGGCGUUCCCGUACGUGCCGACGCCGGUGGCCAAGCUGCUGAUCUCGGCGCUCUACUGCGGGGGGGACACGAUGGCGGAGGUGCGCGAGACGGGCCGCGCGCUGGCGCGGCGCGGCGUGGGGAACAUGAUGCUCUCGUUGACGGUGGAGGACUCGGAGGGGACAAAAAACAUUGACAUCGACUACAUUGUGGAGGAGACAGUGCGCUCGCUGCACGGCGUACUCCUGCCGCACAUGGAGGAACAGUUGGCGCGUGCGGCGGACGUGAACAGCGUGCCGCCCGGCUACUUGGCGUUGAAGCCUUCGGCGUUGGUGUCCGACCCGGCGAACACGCUCCUGCACUUUGCUGACCCUGCUUGGCGGGAGAAGCGGGACGCUCUGGUCGCGAACUUCUCCCGGAUCGUCGGGGAGGUGUACAAGCUCAACCAGGAGAUGCUUGCACGGUACCCCGGCCGCAAAUCCCCCUUCUUUGUGGCCACGAUCGACGCGGAGAAGUACGAGGUCCAGUGUGCGGGCGUCUACGAGCUCCAGCGCCUCAUGUUUGCGAAGUACAACCCCGUUUCGUCUCCUAUUGUGUCGUGCAUCGGCACGUGGCAGCUCUACUUGCGCGACGCCGCGGCCGACUUGGUCGCGCAGGCGGAGCGUGCGGAGCGCGAGGGAUACAAGUUGGGGUUGAAGCUUGUCAGGGGCGCCUACCUCCAUUCCGAGCCCAACCGCGACGUGAUCCACCCGACGAAGGAAGCGACUGAUGAGCACUAUAACGAGGUGAUGGCCAAGGUCAUCCAGGACCUCUUGGCCAACGGCGAGCACUCUGUCUUUGGCCAUCUUGUUGUGGCAUCCCACAACUAUCAGUCUCAGAUGCUAGCAACUAUGCUGCUCCAGGCCCAUGGGGAAUCCGUGGGGAAAAGCAACGUCGUAUUGGGCCAACUACUAGGGAUGGCGGACAACGUGACGUACGAUCUCAUUCACAAUCAUGGCGCAAGGAACAUCAUCAAGUAUGUGCCUUGGGGGCCGCCAAAGGAAACUAAAGACUACAUGCAUCGCCGUCUCCAGGAGAAUGGGGACGCUGUAAGAGCUGACAACGGCUGGCCUUUGGUUAAGGCUGUGUGUAGAGCAUUGUUCUAUCGCUGA